AGUUAAUCUAGUUGAAUUAAGGUUCAUAAUCCAUAAUCUAGCCAUACCGGCAUUUAAAUAGCACCAAAUAAAGAGAGUCUCACUAAUACGAACAAGUCACACAAAUUAACAACAAUAAUAAUGGAGAAAAAAGUUUAAUUAAGUUAACAGAGAUUUUACAAACUAAUGAGACAAGUUGUUUAGCAGUAGAAAUAGCUACUAUCUAUUAAAGUAAAUGCGAAGGGAACAGUAGGAAUUAAAAAAUACAAGAAAUUCCAUCAAAAAUUAUGAAAAAGUGACUUUGUACUAUAAUUAAGAACUUUUUUGAUUCAUUUUUAUUACUGUGAUAACACCAAUGACGUUUCUAGAAGAUACAGCCAUCAUUUUGGUUUCGCAGGUGAUUUUCUUCAUUGGAGGAUUGAUCUUCUUCGUUAAGCAACUGUUUAAGAACUAUGAAGUCAAGAAAAUAUCUGUGCAGCUCAUUUUCUCGUUUACGUUUGCACUCAGUCUCACUUUAUUUGAGCUGAUUAUCUUCGAAAUUAUGGACAUACUGCAACAGUCAUCCAGACUGUUCUAUUGGAGAAUGUCACUUGUGUCCAUAUUGAUCAUGGUUGUUGCUGUUAUUCCAUACUACAUUGCACACUCACUGAUUAGUAAUUUAAGACUUUUUCAACGCUACUCGACAGCAUUCACACUCAUCUUAUGGCUAUUCUUCUUGUAUUGCUUCUGGAGACUAGGCGAUAAGUUUCCAGUUCUAAGUGUCAAUAUCUCAAUGUUCUCCAUUGAGCAGGGAAUAUCAAGAAUAGGGGUGAUCGGAGUUACAGUAAUGGCUAUAUUGUCAGGCUUCGGUGCUAUUAAUUUUCCAUUCACAAACAUGAACUACUUCAUUCAUCCAGUGACUCAAAAUGACGUCAUCAAUACUGAACGAAGGCUGUUUCAAACAAUUGACAUGAUUUUAGCAAAAAAGAAGCGAAUUGCACUUGAAAAGAAAAAUCGCCAGAAAAAUCCAAAUACGACAAAAAAUUCAUUUUGGGGACUUUUGACAUCUGUUACUAAGUCAAGCGGAUCGGAAAAUAUUGGACAGUUACGACUAGAAAUAAGUGGAUUAGAAGAGCUUUCGCGUCAGCUCUUUUUAGAAUUAAAUGACAUGAAAAACAUGCAGGAACGACAAAAAUGGUCGUCGACCUGGCAAGGAAAGUAUUUUAAUUUUCUCGGACUGUUCUUCAGCUUCUAUUGUGUCUACAAAAUCUUCAUGUGCAUCAUUAAUAUUAUUUUUGAUCGAGUCGGUAAGAAGGAUGCAGUAACAAGAGGCAUUGAGAUUGCAGUCCAUUGGUUGGGCUUUGAAUUCGAUAUUGCUUUUUGGUCACAACAUAUCUCAUUCUUCCUGGUUGGAUGUAUUGUUGUUACAUCAAUUCGCGGUUUAUUAAUUACAUUAACAAAGUUCUUCUACACAAUCUCGUCGAGUCGAUCAUCAAACGUUAUCGUAUUAAUCCUAGCUCAGCUGAUGGGAAUGUAUUUCUGUAGUUCUGUAUUAUUAUUAAGGAUGAAUAUGCCACAAGAAUAUCGAGUGAUUAUCUCACAAGUGCUAUCAGGUCUUCAAUUUAACUUCUUUCAUCGAUGGUUCGAUGUCAUUUUCCUCCUAUCUGCUUUAUCGUCUAUCUUCCUACUUUUUAUAAUUCGAAAACCUUUAGUAAUGACUGAAAACUCAUCAACAACAACUUAUGAUCAUUCAAAUUAACUGUAAUCCACUG